UUGUCAGUUCUCCGUUCUACGAAAAGCAUUGGUAUUCCAUAUUCUGGCUUCUAUUUUAACAAAUUAUCGCAGAGUUGUCUAAGCUCGUCUCUUAAGAAACGGAAUUUUCAUUCUCCACUAGCAAUACCUUCUUCUAUUAUUGCUUCCACUUCCCAUGAACCUGCGCCGACACCAGCACACCAUAGCAAUGAGUUUAUCGAAAACAUGUUGAAAAAAGAAUUAUGCGAUUUUCCCCCAUAUAAAUCGCGGAAGAUCAAACCUGGAUUUCAGGAUGCGCGAAUGAUACGCGAUUUUAAAAGAAGGGAAAUAUCAGCUCAUUUCAUUCCUCUUCGUAUAAGACUCAAUGCUAUUAGAAAAAAUCAGAUACUUCCCAAAGACAUUCAGGACAAGGCUUCUCUUCAGCUCCACUCCUUACCCCGUGAUAGCUGUUGGACACGUAUUCAUAAACGAUGUACAUUUACCUCACGACCUCGUGGCGUGCCUUCACGUUGGCGUAUAAGCCGUAUAGUCUGGCGAAAUUUUGCGGAUUAUAAUAGAAUGUCUGGAGCACUUUGGGCCUGUUGGAUAUCAAAAUGCCGAAGCGAACGUCGUUAUAUGAAAUGGCCACCUCCAAGUGGCCAAAGUGUAAAGAAAUAUGUUGAUAAAUAUUAUUUAAACUUGGCUGAUCAAUAA